AUGAUUCUGGUGUGGCACUGGCCCUUUGGGUAUUCCACCCAGCUCAACCCCAACAUCUGCAGCGAGACCUACAACAUUCCCAACUGCAUCCUGGUGGACAAUCGCUCUUGGUUCCACAGGGCCGACUUUGUCGUCUUCCACAACCGGGAGCUGAUCACGCACAGACAGAGGCUGCCGACAGAUCACCCACGGUCUCAGUACGAGCGUUGGGUCUGGUUCUCGCUGGAGAGCCCUGAGAACAAUGGGAACUUGAGACCCUUUGCAGGUUACUUCAACUACACCAUGUCCUACAAACGGAACUCCGAUUUCUACAUACCAUAUGGAAGGCUCGUGCCAAAGGCGCCGGUGAAGGGUAUGACGGUUGGUGAUUUCAUACCAAAACAUAAGUCUUCACUGGCAUGUUGGGUUGUGAGCAACUUUUUACCCAGACAUAGGAGAACAUCUGUGUACAAUCAGCUUAAGAACGUCAUUCAAGUGGAUGUAUACGGUCAUCCAUUUAAUAAGCAUCUGAGUCAAAGCAGUCUGCUCCCCACAAUCUCCCGUUGCUACUUCUACCUGUCUUUUGAGAACUCUGAGUUCAAGGACUACAUCACCGAGAAGUUCUGGAAGAACGCCCUGUUGGGUGGCGCUGUGCCGGUGGUUUUGGGGCCCCCCCGGGCGGACUACGAGGCGGUGGCACCAAAAGGGUCCUUCAUCCAUGUGGACGACUUCAGUUCUGUGGAGGAACUGGGGACGUUCCUGAAGGACCUGGCCGAGGAUAAGGAACGCUAUGCAUCAUACUUUACCUGGCACCUGAAUUACAGCGUUCAGAUUGGAGGUGGGUGGGAGCAGAGGAUGUGUUCAAUUUGCAACAUGACUGACCGUCUGCAACCUGAACAGGUCUAUACGGACCUGCAGGCUUGGGAGUGGAGUAGAUGA